GUUCAUGAAUGGUUGGGGGGACUGGAAGUUGACACUGACAGCAAUAAUCAACUGUCUGCACUUGUGUAGUGUAGUGAAUCUCCUGUCCGGUAGUGAGGUUACAGUUUGUAAUGAAUUUCCGCUAGGAUUACGUUUGUUUUAACGUAUCGCUCCGUUAAUCAUUAUGAAGCCUGAAAAAAACUGAAUGUCUGGUUUAUCGAAUGAUUCGGUCACGGGUAUGUCUGUGAGGAAUUCUCUUGGCAGUAAGAGAAGUACAUUAGUUUCAUCCUAUUUUCAUCAAUUCAUCACAGAAAACUUCAGGAAAAUUGCAUUUAUAACUGAAGAUAACAUAGAGUGAAUUACAUGAAUCCAUUAUUACGCUUCAACAUUGAAUUCUAUCCCAAAUGUUGUGAUCCUUGGUAAUUACAUUAGUUUUGAGUUGGAGGUAUGCAAAAGCCAUGGAUUCUGGUCUUGGGAGUGAUGAGGAUCGCAGAGGUAGGACUAAGGAACAGAAACAACUCAGAAACCAACAAUUAUUAAGUGGCUGCUUUAUCGAUGCAGCCAGUCUCUCUGAUGAUGCUGAUGUUGAUCAGAGAAGGAAUGAUGAACGAAGACAGGGAGCACUCAUAUUUCAAUCUUCAAUACCCCAAUUUUCUAUGCUUCAAAUGUCUGGCUCAGAAGUAGACAACAAUUUUUCCCAUUCGGAUAUACCUGGUACUUUUAUAGAGACCUCAACUCCUUUCAACUCAAUUGUGCAGGUAGAUUCAGAUGAUUCUGCCAGGAAAUCCCCUCUUGGGUUUUAUGUUGAUUUGAGUGAAGUUCCAGAUAUUCCUAAAAGUGCUCCAUCAAGUAUUAAAAAGAAUAUAUUCUCUAUGGUAAUUGAUUUUGAAGCACCCAAAAAGGAAAAGCCACUAUCUUUAUCCUCUCAUGUAUUACAAAGAAAAGGCAAGUUUGCUAAACAGAAUGGAAAACAUAGUGAAAGCCUUUCAGGUAGUGGAAGCUCUCUAAAUUCUGUACCAGGGCCAAGUAGGGAAUGUCAAGAACCCUAUGUAGAAGCUAACAACAAUUUAUAUAUAGAAAAAAGUACUUCCAGUUUAUCUAGUAGUAAUGAAGAAAUAGUACUAGAAAAUAAUGAUAAAAGUUGUAAUUCAGUAGAAAAAGAUGUAGAAGAACCUAAAGAAGAAUGUGAACCAGCAGAAGUUGAAAAAAAUAAUUCACUACCAUGUAGCAACAGCUCACUGCCUGAAGAUCAGCAAAUUGAGAUUGAAGAAGAAAAAAAUGAAGUUAAGAGCCUGCCGCAGUUCGUGAAACUCUCCGACCUGGAAUGCCAGAAGACCAGGCUGGACCUGAACGUGACGCCGAGGAUGAGCAGGUCCAUACCGGAGAGCUCCUGGGUCGAGAGCCCCCUGCUGAUGUCCAGGUCGGCGGGCUACAGGAUAGCCCCCCACCCCAUGGAGCCCGAGAGCGAGGAGAUGUACGACUCCUUCUCCACCACGGAGACGUGUUCCACCCAGCCGCGCAGAUCGGUGCGCAGGCUCGGUACGGACCUGUUGCGGAUGUUCCUGGAGGAGAUAGGACCGGACGUGACCAUCGAGGUGGAGAACCACAGGAUCAAGGCGCACAAGUGCAUACUGGCGUCCAGGUGCCAGUACUUCGCUGCGCUGCUCAGCGGCAAUUGGUUGGAGGCUUCGGGCAACGUCAUUUCCUUGCAGGGUUUCUCUUACGAAUCCGUAUACUUUUCGCUGUGUCAUAUCUAUAGUGGAGCAGCCCACGUGCCAGAUUCCAUAAGUGUCAUCGAAUUAGCCUCUUUAGCAGACAUGCUGGGUCUGGAAGGCCUGAAAGAAGUCGUUGAACAUGCGCUGAGACAGCGUUACUGUCAUAAUUUCCAUAAACCCUGCCCUGGAUGUUGUACCGGGGUGACAGAAGUACUGAUGCUAUCGGCUGCCUACGGUUUGGACGACUUAUAUCAGAAGUGUCUCCAAUGGAUCACGCAAAACUUCGUGAAAAUUUGGCCCAGCAGGGGUUUUUCUAGUUUGCCUCGAGAACUAAGGGAAAAAUGCUACCAACAGCACGUCGUACAUAUGACUCCGGAUCGUGUUUUAGAGACUAAAACUGCAUGCGAGAAGGUAUUGGCCUCCUUACCUUCUAGUAGGUGGGCGGAGCCUAUUCAGCAACUAGCCCAGCAAUUGGUUGAUGCCUGUCAUUUGUAUCACAGGCAACAUUAUGCAGCUGUACUUGUAUCACCAUCUUUUAUAGCUCUGGAUUCUGGACCAAGUUGGUGCAUUUUACAAAUCGAAGACCAAUUGGUAUCAGCUGCAAGUAACUUGGGAGUCGAACAAGCUUGUAAGAGUUAUUCAAGAUGCUGUAAAAUGUUAGAACAAAACUGGACGAGAAAUUUCGAAGAUUUACUGAACAAAAUAAAAUCUAUAUUGGAGCAAUGCCUUGUUUCACAAGCAGAUAGACUGAUUAGAAGCAAUGCCUGGUUAAGACUAGACUCUGCUCUAAGAGCCAGAAUUAAGGAUCUCACACCCACCAGUGAACCUACUAGUAGACUACCAAGAGCGAAUCCCAAAAAAAUCAAGACCACAAACCAGCAAAGUAACCAUAGUUCGUCUGAUUCAUCGAGAAAUUCAAGCCCAGGCAUGAAUCAGAGUCGUGUACUCAAUUCAGGUGGAAGUCCUUCGCUUCGUAGAAGUCUUCUUCUAGCGGCCAAGGCACCCCAAGUCCCUCCUAGUCCGACAAUAAAUCGUAAGAGCACUUUGACUCAGCCAACAGCUGCAAGUGCAGCAAAAUCUACACCGUCCAAAACCGCCAAGGUUCAACCGAAAGUCCAUCCUCCUAAAAACACUAACCCAUCCAAAAUAUCCGUUCCUAAUAGAGAAAAAGCAUUAAGCGUGAAGAAAACAGAAAUUAAGACGGCUGUUAUCAAAAAAGAAAAUAAAAAGAAAGUUGACAAUCGAUCUCAUUCUCCCUUAAAAAUUGAAAGUCGAUCGAGCUCUCCAAGAAAAUUCGAUAGUCGUUUGAGCUCGCCGGUGAAGACAGCAUGGAGAUCUUCUUCGCCUUUGAAGACUGAUAGUAGAGUUGCUUCACCUAAAAAACAAAAUCCUCCUAGUCGUUUACCUAAUAAUAACUCCUCAACCAAAAUUAACGACGUCAAAAAACAACCGACAAAACCAACUAUCAUCAAGAAAAAUCCAUCCGAUUCGCAAAUUUUGCCUAGAACAAAUUUAAUCACGCAACAAAGAAUGAUGAAGCAUGCGGUCAGUCUUGAAAAAUCGAAAACUUCUACCAUGAGGAUCAACCGCACCCAGAUAAAACCUAACAACACGAAUAAUAUGUUUUCAAGAAAAAUCAAAACAAGUAAUGAUCCACCCCAAGUUAAACAGAAAUCGUCAAGUCCUGUUAUAUCUAUUUCUCCAGAUAACGAUGAAAUAAGGUACAGUCCAGAAGGUAUAAUUUCUCCAGAUGCUAAUCAAAUUGCAUCGCAUUCCUCAAAAGUUUCAUCAGAAGCUACAGAUAUCGAUGAAUACAAUGUGAAACAUGAAAGAAGCGAUUCUGGUAGUCAAACCAAUUCUGAGAAUGAAUUGUUUGUGAGAAAAUAUCCUGCAAUGCAGAGAUCCGAUACUUUCCUUAUGGAGGAACCAACAAUUAUUGGUAAAUUGAAGUAAGUUCUUCAACUAGUCAUUUCUAGUCAGGUUAUACGGUUUAAGAUCUCUAUUCUGCUAAAUAAAUUUGUGAUAAUAUUUUAAGUUUUCAGUGUCGUAAGUUUUAAAUUGAUUUUAUUGUUGAGUAUGUCUGUUCUGAUUUUUUUAACGAUAUUGAAAUUUUUUGUAUUAUUUUAUAUCAAUUGUUUAUCGAUAUAUUAUUUAAAUUUUUAUCCAUUCAAAUAUUUAUUUUUAUUUUUUAUUUAUUAAACAUUUAUCAACAUAUUUGAAAUUUAAAUAGUGAAUGUUUAUAUUAUUGUUUAUAUUUUUGAAAAAAAGUUUUUUCAAGAAAAUUUAAACUGAAAUGGUGAUACAUAAUUUGAGGAAAAUCAAAUUUUGAAAGCUUUAUUAUAUUCUAAGUACAAGGUCCUCUAUUGAAUAGCAUUUAUUCAAAGAAAUCGAGAUUUUUAUUGGAUAAGAUCCAAUAUUUCUCAAAACAGAACAGACGUCCCUCAUCAAUGUACAUUCCAUAUUUAGUUCUUUUUUAUUAUUUUCAAGGAAUUCUAUAUUUUUGAUAUUAUGUCCAGAUAAAGAACAUACUUGUAGAUACAUAAUAUAUAAAAAAGAUGUUGAAUUAAAAAUUGAGUUGUGUUUUAAAAUUAUCAGUUUUAUGGUAAUUACUAAUAUUGUAAAGCAGAUGAAGUGUUUAAAUUAUGCAUAAUAAAGAAGGUUAUCUAUAUGCUAAGAGAAUGCUUUUACAAAUUGAAUUAUUUGAAAUAGAUCUGGAUUUUUCAGACUUCAAUUACAUUUUUCUGCAUUUUUUUGGCUUGUUGUCCAUUUAGUAUGUUGAAAAAAUAUAAGAAGAACUUUCCACAAUAUACUGAAAAAUAUGUUGUACAGGAUGCUUGAAGGAAAAUUGUAGGUGAGCAUACUGUAGAUAUAAACAAUUCGCUAGUUUUUUCUAUUCUGUGAACAGCCAUAUGCAAAUUGAAUGAAGCAAACAAUUUUUUGGUGUCUGAUUCUAAUUACAACUUAUUUUUAGUAUCUGUGCAUUUUGCAUUAACUUUAUUAUUUCACGAUCAUACCAUGAAGUAAUAAAAUUACACACCCAUAAAUUAAUUUCGAUUCAAUUAUAAAGAUAUUCAGAAUUAGAACACAGAAUUUUGAUUGUUCUAUCUUUAAAUUUCUUUCAAACUGUUCCUCUGAAUAAAAUAUAACAUAAUGCUUAGAUUCUAGAACCCUGUCACAAAUUUUUAGUG